AUGCGAUGCGCGAGCAAGGCCGCCGAGAGCGCGUCUGCACGUCUCUGUGCGGACGCCGAAGCAGAAACUACAGCAACUGAUGUCCCAUCGGUUGCUGAAUCGACUCAGCCUGUAUCACCUGGUGAUGCAGGCGCUGGUCAUGAAGACACUCGUGUCUUCACAGAGUACGAGCUCGGUGUCUCGUACUCUCCUGAUACGGAUGACGGAUCCGUAUCGACGGCAAUUGAAUCCAAGCCGCCUGCCAAGCGUGGCAUGGACGAUGCUUUGCGUCGCAGCAUCUUUGGUUCAUCUGAUGAGUCAGAUGAACCAUCGCCGAAGCGAAGGCGCUCGAGGUCGCGAGACUCGGGCGCUAAUAGUGGUGUCGUUUCUCCAAUGGACACCACUUCACAGCGAGGUGCCAGUACUUCUGUCGGCACGUCGCAGGAAGAGCGGGACCGCAAUGUGUUGCGUCUCGCUCCAGAAAAGAAGGCAUGGAUGCCUCCUAAAUCCGUCAUGGAUCACUUGUCGGCGACGACGAGUGAUCGUUAUCGAACACGAUUGUUCGAUUCGUCAAGGAUCCAUCACCUUGACCCCAGCGCGAAAGACUAUCGCGCUGAAAACGAGUUCUUCAUCGAUGCUUUCUUUAGACAUCGAUGGUACAGUGGGAAUCACAAGCAUGAUGGUUUCUCACUACUUCAAGCGUGGAACGCCUAUAUCCAUAACCUUGAGGAUGUAGGUCGUGACGCUUGGAACGACAAGCUUAUCAAAGCUCGUAAUAAGUUUGAAAAGCGGACCCCGACAGGUGCACGCUACAAGCUGCAUCGUCUGUCAAGGGAGAAGGGAUUACCCUGCCUCUCUUGGGGAGACUAG